AUGGAGCAGACAGGCGAUAGCGAUCAGGCCGUCCCCUCGCCCUCUGCGGCUUAUCUCCCCUCCCCUCCGCGUAUUUCCCCUUGCCCUCCGCGCCACACGCGUCAGGUGCUCGGCGAUUUGCUCAACAAUCUCCCCACCGCGCAGGAGAUUUCUGCCAAUCCGUUCCCCCCGCCGGGCCCCUUCAGCGCGCCUGAGACGCAGGUCGGCGCAAACAGAGACGGCGGCGGGCGGGAAGGGGGCAGCAGCUGGGGCAGUGGCGGAAGCGGCGGGGUAAGCGCGCGGGAAGCGCAAGCCGCCGCGGGGAGAGACGGGAGCGGAGGCGCAGGGGGGGAGCAGAACGGCGGAGUGCAAGCAGGGGUUGGGGGGAACAGAGCGGGAGGGGCGGAAGGAGCUGGCGCGGCUGGCGGGGGAAAUGGGGGGUUGGGGGGAUUGGGCGGAAUGGGGGGAGUGGGGGGAGACGAUAGCCGGUCGGGGAGCGAGGAGGAUGGGACGUCGGAUGGGGAGGGGAUGGGCGGGCGGGAUAAGAAGAAGGGCAAGCGGUAUCACCGCCACACGGCGCAGCAGAUCCAAGAAAUGGAACGGUUGUUCCGUGAGUGCCCGCAUCCGGACGAGCGACAGAGGCAGCAGCUGAGCCAACGGCUGUCGUUGGCGCCACGGCAAGUCAAGUUCUGGUUCCAGAACCGCCGCACGCAGAUGAAGGCUCAAACCGAGCGGGCUGAGAAUGCGAUGCUGAGGCAGGAGAACGACCGGCUGCGCGCUCAAACCGAACGAGCGGAAAACGCAAUGCUGAGGCAGGAGAACGACCGGCUGCGCAGCGAGGUGAUGCGCCUGCGCUCCGUGCUGGCUGCUGCCGCGUGCCCCGCGUGCCACACGCGCCUCGUGCCGGGCAGCGGUGGUGACUCCAUGCACGAUGCCUCGGCCGUGACGGCUCAACUCAUGGAGGAGAAUGCGCACCUCAAGAACGAGAGAGAGCGAGUGUCAAUGCUGGCAGCGCGGCAGCUGGCAGCAAGGGGUGCGGUGGAUCCCAUGGGGCCCGCCACACUCGCUGCUCUCCACGCCGCUGCUGCUGCUGCCUCGCUCGCCCUGCAUCCACCUAUAGAGCGGGUGUCAAUGCUGGCAGCGCGGCAGCUGGCAGCGAGAGGCGCUGUGGAUCCCAUGGGGCCCGCCACAGUCGCUGCUCUCAACGCCGCUGCUGCUGGCGGCAUGCAGGCACCAGGCAUGGGCGCCGGUGUAGGGAACCCCUCUGCUGCCGGCAAUGCUGGUGCCGGUGCCGGCGGUGGUGGGAAUGGGGGUGGGGGUAUGGAGGGAAUUGGUAACCCUGGGAUGGUGCAGGAUGGUGGUGCUGGUGGCAUGGGGAUGGGAGGCAGGGAUUUCGGCGCUGCUGCUGCUGGUGGUGCUGUUGGGAGUUUUGGCAUGGAGUCUAAUGCUAGUGCAAUUCAGCGUAUGCAGCAGUUUCAACAGCAACAGCAACAGCAGCAACAGCAACAACAGCAACAGCAGCAGCAGCAGCAGCAGCAGCAGCAGCAGCAGCAGCAGCAGCAGCAGCAGCAGCAGCAGCAGCAGCAGCAGCAGCAGCAGCAGUCAAUGGGAGGGUUGCUAGGGGAUAUGGUCCCUUCGUCCCGAUUCAACAUGGAUGCAACUCAAGGGGGCUUCUUUGCUGCUGCUGCAGCGGCGGUGGCGGCGGGGAGGGGUAUGAAUGAGCAUGGGAUGAUGGGCCUAUUGGGUGGUGAAGCAGCAGCAGCAGGGGGGGGGUCAGCAGGGGGGGGAGGCGUGGGGACGAGUGGCAUGGACGGGUUGUCGGAUUUCCAUCGGAGCAACACGGGGAGAAGCAACCACUCCAACGCCUCUCCUCAUGCUGCUGCCGCAGCAGCAGGAGGAGGAGGCGGAGGAGGGGAAGGGGGAGGAGGAGGGGGAGGAGGAGGGGGAGGGGGAGGCGGAGCAGGGAGCAGCAGCAGCGGGUUGCUAUACGACAUGGGGGGGAAUGGAGCUGCCCGCACCGCUGCUCAUGCUGACGCCGCUGCAGCUGCUGCAGCAGGAGGAGGAGGGGGAGGGGGAGGGGGAGGAGCGAACGGUUCUCUGUUCGGCCUGGCUAGCGGGUGGGGGCUAGCAGCAGGAGGAUUAGGAGGAGCAGGAGGAGCGGGAGGAGCGGGAGGAGGAGCAGCAGCAGGGGGGGCAUUAGGACUAGGCCCAGGUUUCCCAGCAUCAUUGCGAACAGGGGGAGGCAUGAUGAACCCUGUGGGGGGGGAGGCCAUGGGGGCCCUGCUAGGCGCAUCAGGGGAGGGCGGAGGCCUGUCAGACUCAGAGCGAGAUGUGGUGAUGGACUUAGCAGUCUCCUCUCUAGAGGAGCUCGUAGGCUUGGCGCAGAUCAACGAACCUCUCUGGCUCCCGGGCCUGCUCUCCCGAGCCUUCGACAGGCAUGGGAGUGGCGGGAGUGGGGGAAGCGGUGGGGGUGGAGGGGGUGGGGGGGGCGGAGGGGGUGCGGGGAACGGGGGGAUGGGAAGUGGGGGAGGAGGCAUGGUGGGGAACGGGGGCGAGCAGCUGAACCGCACGGAGUAUCGGCUGCGGUUCCCCAACUGCGUGGGUGACGGCCCUCCAGGGUUGUCCAUUGAGGCAUCUAGGGCACGGGGAGUGGUGUCGCUGAACGCCCUUGCGCUCGUAGAGCUCUUCAUGGAUCCGGUGGGUGCUGAGGAUGGGUGCAUCGAGGGUGCGAGGGGAGUGGUGUCGCUGAACGCCCUCGCACUCGUAGAGCUCUUCAUGGAUCCGGUGAAGUGGGCAGAGAUGCUCCCAUCGUUGUUGUCUCGAGCCGUGGUGGUGGAUGUUAUCUGUGUCGGCAACGAGCCCACCCAGCGCAACGGCACGCUCCAGCUGAUGUAUUUAGAGACGCAGAUGCUCACACCGCAAGUGCCAACGCGAGAAGCCUUCUUCCUUCGCUACUGCAAGCAGCUCUCCCCCACCUGCUGGGCCGUCGUGGACGUGUCUGUCGACCGCCUCCGCAGCGAGCCCCCUCCCGUCAUGCUCAAGUGCCGACGACGCCCAUCGGGAAUCCUCAUCCAGGAGACACCCAACGGCAGCAGUCAGGUGACACUAGUGGAGCAUGUGGAGGCAGACCCCUUGGGAGUGCCGCCGCUCUUCAGACCAAUCGUGGCAGCAGCAUUGGGUUUCGGGGCGGCAAGGUGGAUGGCGGCAUUACACCACCAGUGUGUGCGGUUCGGGGAGCUGCUAGGGAACCCCACGUCGAGGGACAGUGGCAUCGUGUCUCAGCAGGGCCGCCGCGCCAUGCUCCGCCUCGCCGGCCGCAUGCUCUCCAACUUCUGUGUCGGCCUCUCCUCCUCCACCAGACAUUCCUGGAAGGUGAUAGACAACUCAGACCGCGCCUCUGCUGCCAGUACCGCUGCAGGGGGUGGGAGCACACCCGCUGGCACCAGCACUGCAGGGGGAGGGGGGAUGGGGGGCGAGGGGGAGGGCAUGGGGGGCGCGGGUGCGGCGUCAGAAGCAGCAGCGAUGGGGGCGGUGGAGGUGUGGGUGGCGAUGAGACGCAGUGUGACGGGCGCAGGGGAGCCUCUGGGGGUGAUUCUCAACGCCGCUGCGUCUGUCUGGUUGCCCGUGCCCAUGCCUCUCGCGUUUGAGAUUCUGCGGAACGAGCAGACAAGGCGCGAGGGGGACAUCCCAGUGGCUUUCUCUCAUCCUCUCUCACCCCUUCUCCGCCGUUUUGGUGCGCAGUGGGACAUCUUGACAAGCGGGUCAGUGGUAUCAGAGAUGGGGAGAAUACCCAUUGGUGUGGACCAUGGCAACUGUGUGUCGCUGCUCAAAGUGCAGCAGGCGGCAGCAGGCCCAGGAGCACAGACCAACAUGCUCAUUCUCCAAGAAACCACCUUCGACCCCUCAGGAGCUCUUAUAGUAUAUGCACCGGUGGACAUACCGGCAAUGAAGGAGGUCAUAUCAGGCGGCUCCUCCGACUCCGUCGCCCUGCUCCCCUCGGGAUUCUCCCUCCUCCCCGACUGCGCCCUCUCCUCCGACCAACGAGUAGCUCUCUUCCACGCCGCCCCCAUCCAGCCCACCGCGGGCGGCGCCGCCUCGGCAGCAUUCGCUGGGGGGGCGGCGGGGAACAGCCGGUAUGGGGCGGAGGAGGGAUGGCAGCAGGGCGGCGAGGUGGAUAGCUUGGCAGCGCAGGCCAUGCGGAGUGCUGCGAGGAAGAGGGCGCUGGGGCACGUGCCGGAAGGGUCCAUUCUGACGGUCUCGUUCCAAAUCCUCGUCAGCCCUAACCCCCAGGCGAAGUUGACGACAGAGAGCAUGGCAACGGUGAACUCCCUCAUCUGCUGCACCGUGCAGCGUAUUCGCCAGGCCAUGGACGUCGCUGCUGCCACACUCUAG